CACAGGUUGACCAAAACACUCAGUCACAAGCGGCGGUCGAUUGGGAGCCAUUCCUGGCUCAGUCCAUCAGCUAUUACUGUGAUAGAAUCAUGAUCGCUUCCUCACGAAAUGGCAGGAUCAUACUAAUUCAAAUCGGGGGUCAUCUUAUCGUUGACUGGACCAGGCAACAGUCUACUACCGUGACGGUGGCCACUGGCAAGACAGUGCAGUGUCUGAACCUUCUCUUAGUGAAGACGAUGAUCUAGCUUCCUCUUCGGACGCGAAGAAUUCAUCACGUUGCGCUAAUGUUUAUUCAGACAAAGUUUUCAACGGAUAUAUAUCAUAUAUAAAGGUAUAGCGUUAUGUCCCUUUCAUACAUUCCCCUUCGUAAAAAUGACCGUUCAAAUACUUCCGACUUCGACUGAAAUACUUGUUGUCGGCGGCGGACCCGCUGGAAGUUAUACUGCUGCUGCUUUAGCUCGAGAAGGUUUUGAUGUCACUCUUCUCGAAGCUGCGAACUUCCCUCGAUAUCAUAUUGGCGAGAGCUUGCUCCCAUCGGUCCGCCCAUUCUUGGCAUUCGUCGAUGCAGAAGAAUCUAUCAUGAACCACGGGUUCACAAUUAAGCCUGGUGCUGCUGUCAAGUUGAACCAGUACAAGCGAGAAGGAUAUACAGAUUUCAUUGCGCUGGACCCAAACAAUGGGUCUUGGAAUGUGAUUCGAUCAGAAUUUGACUAUCUGUUAUUUCGUCAUGCUUCGAAGUGUGGUGCAAACGUGUUCGACAACACAAGAGUCUCCGAGAUUCAGUUUGAGGGAGAAAAACCUGUUUCAGCUGACUGGAGGAAUGCGAGCACCGGGAUACAGGGCCGAAUCUUUUUCAACUAUUUAGUCGAUGCGUCAGGAAGGAGCGGGAUCAUGUCCACAAAGUAUCUCAAGAACAGACGCUAUAAUAAGGCCCUCAACAACGUCGCAUGCUGGGGAUACUGGGAUGGAACCGAGUCUUACAUGCCGGGUACCACUCGCCAGAAUGCUAUCUGGGUCGAAGCACUUGAAGACGAGUCUGGAUGGGCUUGGUUUAUACCUCUUCAUGAUGGGUCUACAUCUGUGGGAAUCGUGAUGGACCAAGAGACCAGUAACCGUAAGAAGAAGGCUUCUCGUGAGGCCUCAGGAACAUCAGGCUCGAAUCUUCAGGCUCAUUAUAAGAAAGAAUUACUCAAAGCUCCUGGAGUACUCAGAUUGAUUGGAAAUGGCACUCUUCGAAACGACGGCACACCGGAAGCUGUUAAAUCUGCGAGCGACUUUAGUUACUCAGCUCCCUCUUACGCCGGGAAUCAUUUCCGCCUGGCGGGAGAUUCUGGAGCGUUCAUCGACCCGUUCUUCUCCUCUGGUGUGCAUCUGGCCUUCACGGGAGGACUUUCGGCUGCCAUCACGAUAGCUGCGUCCAUUCGAGGAUUCUGCAGCGAACAGGAUGCCCAACGUUGGCACACCUCAAAGAUUGCCACCUCUUAUACGAGGUUUCUUCUUGUGGUCCUUGGGACCUACAAACAAAUCCGCAAUCAGUCUAUGCCAGUGAUGAGCGAUGUGGACGAGGACAAUUUCGACAGAGCCUUUGAUCUCAUCAGGCCGGUGAUACAAGGAACAGCUGAUGUUGGCAAGGCUUUAACAGAAGACGAACUCCAGAAAACUAUGAAUUUCUGUCGUCAUCUAUUUGCGCCCACCGAUCCCGAGAUGCAUUCUGCAGUCAAAGCUAGAUUGGAUCCUGCUCUAACAUCCCCAGAUGGACCGGUAAUGACAGAAUGCGAAGUGGAUUUAUUGCUCGGAGAUGCUGAUGAGGAAGCCAAGGUUGUUUUGAAGGAGAUCAACGCGCGAAAGCCCAUCCAUACGAUGUAUAACCCCACGGAGAACUUCGGUGUGGAGGAACACUUUGGUUUCAAAGCUAUCUUGGAGCGAGGGAGAUUGGGCUUGGUGACUGCGUAGCUUGGAUGUCACUAAUAAUACAGAGUUAUUAUUUUUCCACUCACCGUCGCAAUCUAGAUUGAAACUCGUGGUGUCGUCGUCAUAUUAUUCGCUUUGCUGCCACCCCAGGUCUGAUUUGCACCGAAG